AUGACACCUACUCAUCCUUCUUCUCCACCCCACCUUCCACCCGUCUUCUCUCUCUCAAAUCCACCUUGAAAUCCCCCCAUCCCGCCACCAUUGCCACCACCUUCCACCAUCGCCACCACCUCUAAAGCCACAAAAAGAAGAUCGAACAAAGAGAGGUGCCCCAAUCAAUUAGGGAAGAUCAAAAUCGAUUGAAGUUUGACUUUCAUGGAGUCAACGGAUUGUGGGAAUUUAUGCCCUUACGAAAAGGGUACCCAAAAAAUCGAAGUUUGUGACCAGCUUUUGAAUAUGAAAUCUGAGAAUGUUCAUGUGGAUAUGGAUAUGGAACCUUUCUCUCAUCUCACCACCAAAGAUCUCAACUUCAAUUCAAGAUUUAAUUUGCAAAGGAGUUUGUCAAGAAAAGUGGAAGAUAAGAAGAUGAGCAAUCCAAGGUUUGACAAUGAAACAGAUGCUAUUGCUUCCCAUAAAGUGAUUGUAGGGAUCACCGAGCCACAAGUCCACCACCAGAUUAGCAUCAUUACUAGCACCACUGCAACAACCGUCGCCACCACCACCGCCACCGCCACGGCGGCACCAACGAAAAGUAGACUCAUCGCCAAACGAUCAAGUAGUUUUAAGCAGACAUCGGUCAUUAAUCCUCGAAGGAUUCUCUUCUUCUUUGCCACCCUGUCAAGCAUGGGAACAAUCCUACUGAUAUACUUCACUCUCUCCAUGGCCAGGCACAAUGGAGACAACAAUUUGCUCGAUGAAUAGUGACUGAGGAAAAACAACUCCGUAAAACUACGAUACACAAGUUGCGAAUCUAACAUACCCUUCGUUAAUGGUGUUUGCAUGCUCUGCGAUUUUCUCCUUUAUUUUUCCUUUCAUGGCUGCCUUUGUUCAUACAUACAAAAGAAACAGACAAGGAUGAAGAUUACUGCGAUGAUGGUGGGGGGUUUAUGCAUACCUUUUCUUGAUGUUUUGUAUAUAAUGGAAGAACAGAAAGUGCAAUUGUUUUAGUUCAUUCA